AUGGUCAAGUCCUACCUAAAGUACGAGCAUGGCAGGACUUUUGGCGUUGUCGCCUUGCCUACUUCGAACAUAGUAUGGUCCUCCAAAGAUCGAACAGGAUCCGGCGCGGGACAGGCGAUCGUCGCAGCGAACGAAGAGGUUCUCUGCUGGGACAUAAAGAAGGGUGAACUACUGAGCCGCUGGAGAGACGAACGAUGCACGGUGUCUGUAACUGCGAUCGCGCAAAGCAAAGCCGACAAGGACGUCUUUGCUGUUGGAUACGAGGAUGGCAGCAUUCGACUAUGGGACAGCAAGAUCUCCUCCGUCAUUCUCAACUUCAACGGCCACAAGUCUGCAAUCACCAAGCUUGUAUUCGAUAAGUCUGGUGUGAGACUUGCCAGUGGUUCCAAGGACACGGAUAUCAUCAUCUGGGAUCUUGUUGCGGAAGUCGGACAGUUCAAGCUCAGAGGACACAAAGACCAGAUUACUGGACUUCAGUUUGUUGAGCCAGAGCCUCAGGUACAGGAUGAGGAUGGCACACAGGCUAUGGUCAUUGAUGGCGAAGGAGCGCAUGAUGGUUUCCUCUUGACGACCGGCAAAGACUCUCUAAUCAAGCUCUGGGAUCUCUCGUCAAGAUACUGCAUUGAGACUCACAUCUCGCAAACUAACGGCGAGUGCUGGGCGUUGGGAUUGUCGCCAGAUUACAGUGGUUGCGUUACAGCCGGAAACGAUGGCGAGAUCAAGGUCUGGUCACUGGAUGCUGAUGGUCUUGCAUUGAGCGCCCGCAAGGUCGACACGCCUGCUGCGGCCCGAUAUCUCCACGACCGCGGAACAUUACACAGGCAGAGCAAGGACAGGGCGACAGAAGUAGUGUUCCACCCUAAGAAAGAUUACUUUGCUGUCCACGGCUCAGAAAAGGCAGUUGAUGUGUGGCGGAUACGAACCGAGGUCGAGAUAAAAAAGGCACUGGCCCGUAAGCGAAGAAGAAGACGCGAGAAGGCCAAGGAUGGAAAGGCCGCCGAGGAGGAAGUAGUAGGAGAAGAGUCUGUGGAUGUUUCAAAGGCUGACAUCAGCGACGUCUUUGUCCAAUAUGUCAUCGUGCGAACAGGAGGCAAGAUCCGCUCAGUUGACUGGGCUGUACCCAGCGGACAGAAAGACCUUCACCUGUUGGUAGGAACCACAAACAACCUACUCGAGUACUACAGCCUGCCGUCCAAGGACAAGAGCGAAAAAUCAAAGAGAGAAGACGUGCCCGAUUACACAAGGGCACUAUCUAUCGAACUCCCUGGCCACCGAACAGAUAUUCGAGCUCUGUCACUCAGCUCCGACGACAAAAUGCUGGCGUCUGCAUCCAACGGUAGCUUGAAGAUCUGGAAUAUCAAGACACAGAACUGCAUCCGAACAUUCGAGUGCGGUUAUGCGCUCUGCUGUUCUUUCCUCCCAGGAGACAAGGUUGUUGUUGUUGGUACCAAGAGUGGUGAGCUGCAGCUCUUCGACGUGGCAUCAGCAGCGCUUCUUGAUAGUGUUGACGCCCACGAGGGUGCCAUCUGGUCUCUGAAUGUCCACCCUGAGGGCCAGUCUGUUGUUUCUGGCAGUGCAGAUAAGACCGCCAAGUUCUGGGAUUUCAAGAUUGUUCAAGAAGAGGUUCUUGGCACAAAAAGAACAACACCAAAGCUAAAGCUGCAGCACUCUAGGACACUGAAGGUCGCUGACGAUAUUCUGAGUCUGAAAUUCUCGCCGGACUCAAAGCUUCUGGCUGUUGCGCUCCUGGAUAACACAGUCAAGGUCUUCUUUGUCGACUCUCUAAAGCUCUACCUUAACCUCUACGGCCACAAGCUUCCCGUUUUAAGCAUGGACAUCUCAUACGACAGCAAGUUGAUCGUGACAAGUUCAGCCGACAAGAACAUCAGGAUAUGGGGUCUCGACUUUGGUGACUGCCACAAGGCCCUUUUUGGACACCAGGACAGUAUUCUUCAAAUCGCAUUUGUACCGCACAACAACGACGGCAACGGCCAUCACUUUUUCAGCAGCAGCAAGGACCGCACGAUCCGGUACUGGGAUGGCGACAAGUUCGAGCAGAUCCAGAGAUUGGACGGCCACCAUGGCGAAGUAUGGGCCAUCGCUGUCUCCCACAGCGGCUACUUCUUGGUUAGUGCCGGCCACGACAAGAGCAUCCGAGUCUGGGACGAGAGUGAGGAGCAGAUCUUCCUUGAGGAAGAGCGCGAGAAGGAGAUCGAGGAGUUGUACGAGAGCACCCUUACUACAUCCCUAGAACGAGAUGCCGACGCUCAGGACGAGAACAACGAGGUUGAUGCGGCGGGCAAGCAGACUACAGAGACUCUCAUGGCUGGUGAGAGGAUAGCAGAGGCUCUCGAGAUGGGCAUGGCUGAUCUUAGCCUCCUGAGAGAGUACGAGGAAGCCAAACUCACAAAUCCCCACGCCCAGCCUCCGCAGCGCAACCCCAUCUUCCUCGCCCUCGGCAACAUCACCGCCGAAGCUUACGUCCUCUCUGUUCUGCAGAAGAUCAAGGCCUCUGCGCUGCACGAUGCGCUCCUGGUGCUCCCCUUCGCCACCGUCCCCAUGCUCUUCACUUUUCUCAACAUUUUUGCCAUGCGCUCAAUGAACAUGCCCUUGACAUGCCGUAUUCUUUUCUUCAUGCUCAAGACGCAUCACAAGCAGAUUGUUGCCAGCCGUACUAUGAAGACCAUGCUUGACGGCAUCCGCAUCAACCUCCGCGCUUCGCUUAAGCGCCAGAAGGACGAGAUGGGUGUCAACAUCGCUGCCCUCAAGGUCGUGGGCAUGCAGAUUCGUGAUAAGAGCAUCAAGGACUACGUGGAUGAGAAUUGGGAGGAGGAGAACGAUAAAGGAAGUGCUAAGAAGAGGACAUUUGUUGACGUUGCGUAA